AUGGAAGAGCGUUGCUCUGUGAAUAGCCCACGACGGAUUCUGAGCUUCUCCAAGACCCGGGCAGCCAACGUCUCCUUCUCCGACGCCGAUCACCGCUCCCAGACCGAAUUAGGCGUCUCCGGCGAGCACGGCCCCAAACUCUCUGAGGUUUAUGGAUUCGUCGGAUCCAUCACCACCGUUGUUUUUACAGUCAUAUUCAUCGUGUGGGCGUAUGUUCCUGACCAUUGGUUGCAUUCUAUCGGGAUCUAUUACUAUCCAAGCAGGUAUUGGGCUUUGGCGGUGCCAACUUACGUGAUGGUGACGAUUGUGCUGGCCAUCACAUUUUAUAUUGGCAUGAACUUUAUGGCAACUCCUCCUCCUACCUCCUUAAAUAUAAUGUUUGAUGAAUUUAGUAGGGAAAUGCUGAGCAAUGUCCCUUUUGUAGAUGAUGACGAGCAGCCAAUUGAGCCUAUAUCUGACAUAGGCAUUAACAGAAUUAACAAAAUCAUGUUCGACAGCUUCAAAUGAAGGUGUUUGAUUUGAUGAGAUCAUUCUACAUGUAUCUAAAGUUAGAUUGUAGGACUUUCUCAUUUUUCCAGUUACCUCGUAGAGUUUAUGAAACAAAAUUAGACCAA